AUGAACCUUUUAGGUACAUCAAAAUUUUCUUCGCGUACCGAAAUUCGACAGUAUCGAAGAAUUUUGGGUGCAUCAAAUGCUCUAACCGAUCAUUUGAAUGCGUCACAACCUGUAAAAUUUUGUCCUGAGUCACAAUUACUAUGCGGCGAGAAUACUUGUUACGACCCAGUUACACAGAACUGUACUAACUCCGGUAGAGCUGUUGAAUGUAUUAAUGCCUGUCGAGAUCAAUGUUACAGUCGAGAUACACAUCGAUGUUUAAAUGGCACAUUGUGCAAACGAUAUGAACGAUUAUGCUCUGUUAAGUACGAAGUUUACGCUUCAAAAGUAUAUGAUCCACCAUCAAAUCAGUGCUAUAAUCCUAAGCGUCAAGCAUGUAUAAACAACACACUAUGCGAUCCAUAUCAAGUGUGUGGUCAACAAUGUCUCCAAGGAAAACAACUGUGCAUCAAUAACAAAACAAUAUGCCAGUCACCUAACGUAUACAGGUAUUAUAAUUAUGGAUCAAGAUUCACUUCGAUUGGAUCAUGUAACGGUACAUGUUACUAUGUUGUCGAUGAAGAAUGUGUUAAUAAUACGGUCCAGUGUAUCAAUAGUAACAAUUGUUCUGGUACAUGUUAUAAUUCAUCAGCACAAAAAUGUUUGAAUGGUACUUUAUGCGAACUCAAUGAGGAAUUGUGCACUGUUAAAUACAAUGAAUGGGGUCCGCAAUAUAAUUCACCGUCAUAUCAAUGUUACAAUCUUAACGAUCAAAUAUGUGUCAACAACACGCUUUGUUACAAACAUAGUGUGUGUGGUCAACAAUGUCUUGGAGGAGACCAGCUCUGUAUCAGAAAUAAAACAAUAUGCAAUCGUCCUAUAGGUAAUUCUCUGUACAUCGGUGGAUCAACACUCACUACGAUUGAAUCAUGUAAUGGUAAUUGCUAUGAUUCUGCAGUAAACGAAUGCAUUGAUGGUACUAUUCAGUGCAUUAACAAUAACAACUGCUCCGGAAGAUGCUACGAUUCAUCCAGACUCAAAUGUUUGAACGGAACAUUGUGCAGUCUGUAUCAAGAUUUGUGCAAUGUGAACUACACUGGAUGGGGCAUGGGAUAUGAUUCAGGAUUACGAUGCUACAAUCCCAACAUUGAAGACCAGACCAAUUAUGUAUCAAUAAUAAUAAAACAGUCUGUUACUCACCUAACCCAGAGUGGUAUCUUACUCAUAUUUGGGCAAUGUAUUAAUAAUACUGUUCGAUGUAUUAAUAAUAACACUUGCUCUGGAAUAUGCUACGAUCCAUUGACAGAGAAAUGUUUCAACGGUACUUUGUGUGACCUAGAUGCAGAUUUGUGUAUCGUAAAAUACGAUGAUUGGGGCAUUGAGCAACGUCCGCACUCGAUAUGUUAUCAUCCUAAAUAUAGUCUAUGUUACAACAACCGACUUUGUACUCGUGGUUUUCGAUCAUGCGGUCAACAGUGUCUUGGAACUCACCAAAUAUGUGCUGAUGAUAAUACAAUAUGUAACGUUACGUUGUCGUAUAAUCAUUAUGAAGCUAAUCAAAUUCAAAUAUGCAAUGGUGUAUGUUAUGAUACGUCUCUUCAACAAUGUAUUUACGGAAAUGUAACAAUCAGCUCUACUACAACUUCAUCGCUACCAGAGGCGACAACAAUAACAACACCUAUACCAUCAGAUUAUCGUUCGAUUUGGUGGAAUCUAUAUAUGACGAUCAGCUAUAUUAUAACCGCUUUGUGCGUUGUACUUUAUGGUAUAUUACGGUUAUGUAACUCUUCGCCCUCGCCUUCAAGUGAAAAGUCUAUUCUUUCAGACUUCGAUCGAAUUCAGCUACUGAAAAGUGAUGAAUUCUAA